UUCAGCGUCCUCUGACGUAAUUUUACCUCUGAUCCGCUAUGUUAAUUUUUUAACGUCUGUUCCUUAAAAAUACUUUCAUUUCUGUCCGAAUGCAUCCUUGCUUUUCGUAUCUGUGGGUCGACAUGAACUUUGUUCAGUAGUCUGUGGGAAAACUCUCAUAGAGGACAUUUUUCUCUUGUUGAAUCAAGGCCCAUCACACUUACCUUAACUGAGAAUGGAAAACUCAGAGGCUGGUCUGUCAUCGAGGUCUCUUUCAGCUCCGGACCGGAACAUGUUGAGAUCCUCAGGUUGUCCAGAUCAGCAGUCGGACUCAGUCAGGUCCUCAAAACACAGGGAGCAACCGUCCAGGUCACCUAGGAGACGAAGGGAGGGAAAGAGGUCGCAGCAGCGGGGGGAAGAUCAUGAGCAGCGGCUUUGGGAGAUGGAGCGGCGGAGGUUGCCAGGCCAACACGAGCACUUGGAGCCUGCCGGUUCAUCGUGCGAUGCAGCGGAAAGCUCUCCUAAGAGGAGAGCUCACUUUCUGCAUGGACCGUAUCCAGCCACUCACUUUGGACCCAAAGCCUGCAUUCUUCCCAACCCAACUUCAGUCAUGCACAUCCAGGAUCCGGCCAGUCAGAGGCUCACAUGGAAUAAAGCUCCAGUCAAUGUUCUCGUCAUCAGGAAAAUCAGAGAUGAGAGCCUGGUUGAGCCUUUCAAAGAGCUCUGCAGGUUUCUGGUAGAGGAGAAACAGAUGAUGGUGUACGUGGAGCGCAGGGUAGCAGAUGACGCCACACUGUCAAAGGACGAGACCUUCGGCUCCAUCCGCAACCAACUCUGCACCUUCAGAGAGGGUUAUGAUGACAUCUCUGACUGCAUAGACCUGAUCAUUUGUCUGGGGGGCGAUGGGACAUUGCUUUAUGCCUCUUCUCUCUUUCAGGGCAGCGUUCCUCCAGUUAUGGCAUUCCAUCUCGGCUCUUUGGGUUUUCUGACUCCCUUCAAGUUUGACUCAUACAGGACUGAAGUGGCCAAAGUGUUAGAAGGGAAUGCAGCCAUCACCCUGCGCAGCCGUCUGAAGGUGAAGGUGGUGAAGGAUAUGCUUCAGAGAGCGCCACAGCAGACAGAGGGCAGAGAGUCACAGCUGGAGCACAACGGACUCCUUCCUCAUGGGCACACCAACAGUGAGGCUGGCAAGGUUACCCUGCAGCUACAGGUGUUAAAUGAAGUGGUGGUGGAUCGAGGCCCGUCCUCCUAUCUGUCUAACGUAGACCUGUACCUUGAUGGACGCCUCAUUACUUCAGUGCAGGGAGAUGGAGUGAUUGUGUCCACGCCCACUGGGAGCACAGCGUAUGCAGCUGCAGCAGGAGCCUCAAUGAUCCACCCUAAUGUCCCUGCCAUCAUGGUCACACCCAUCUGUCCCCACUCCCUGUCCUUUAGGCCCAUUGUGGUCCCUGCUGGCGUGGAACUCAUGAUCACUUUAUCUCCUGAUGCCAGGAACAAUGUCUGGGUGUCAUUUGACGGUAGGAGGAGACAGGAGAUCCAGCAUGGCGACUGCAUCAAGAUUACCACGUCUUGCUACCCUGUACCGUCCAUCUGCUGCCAUGACCUGGUGUAUGACUGGUUUGAAAGUCUGGCGCAGUGUUUACACUGGAACGUCCGCAAAAGGCAGGCCCGACUCACAGACGUCUCUGACUCAUCGGACACGGAGAACUAAAGGAGAGCCGCUGAAGGGAUCAGGUUUUCUUGGAGACCAGCUUAGACUGAAGCAGAUCAGUGUUAAACAGCUCCUGUCAAACGCAUGAUUAUACAGGAUAUCACAAGCAUUGUAGCCCUGAGACAUAAUAUCAUCCACACUGCAUCUUUGUGUGUAGUGCUUUAAGACAUGAAAGAAUUAGUUGAUCACAUAACGCUGUAUAAGCUUCAAAGAGUACUUUACACUACCCAUACUUAAAAAGCAGCAUGCUAUAGAAAUGGCUCAGGAUAAAUAAAAGCAGAAG